AUGUUUAGACAAUCAGUUCGUAGUUUAAGUGCCAGAAGACUUUUUUCUAUUAGUCCACAAAGAAGUAACUUAGUUUCUGAUUUAUACAUUCAACAAAUCAAAGCAUUCAAACCAACACCAUUAUCUAACAAAGACGCUGAAAGCUCUAUUAAAUCAUUUCAAUUACCAAACAAGCCAUCUGUUCCAGAAUCUGAAAUUUCUGCUGAUGCUUUAAGUCAAUAUGAAUCAUCUGACGUUGAGACUGCAGCUACUGAACCAUCAUCUGCUGCUGAACCUGCUGCUGAAGAAGACUGGUUUGUCUUUGAAGAAGAAGAAGUGCACCAUUAA